ACAUUAAAAAUAUGACAUGUAUUGAUAUGAAAUAGAAACUUCACUUACUAUGUGAUAAUGCCGGGUCCUCGUUGAAAUUGAGAAUUCGCCAUUUCGUUGGCAUUUUCGCUAAAUAUUAUGGAGCUUCAUCAAAUGCUGGCAGUGCUGUUCGUUUUUGGUGGAUGCAUUGCGAAUAGUAUGUUUUUAGAGGCUAUAGUACGAGAGGUUCCAAGCUCUGGAAAUAUUAUCACAUUUUUGCAAUUUUUUUUUAUUGCCAUUCAUGGUUUUUUCUCCACAACAAAAUGUCUGACUGUAAAACCAGUCAUUCCUAUCAGAUGUUAUGGUACAAUGGUCUCAUAUUUCAUUGUUGUCAGUCUAUUAAAUAAUAUUGCACCAAAUUUUCACAUUCCAAUGCCAUUGCACAUGAUAUUCAGAUCGGGUUCCUUGGUGUCCAGUUUAAUUUUAGGAAUAAUAAUUUUAGAAAAAAGUUAUAAGAUUACCACAUAUUUAUCUGUGGUCAUGAUUACAAUAGGAAUUUCAAUUGCUACAAUAGUUUCUGCAAAGAAUUUAGAUAGUGGUAAUCUAGUAGGAUCAUCUGGGGAUAGUGCAGUUGAUGUCAUGUGGAUGGGAGUGGGUGUAACAAUUCUUAUUAUAUCUUUGGUGACAACAUCAAGACUUGGAAUUUAUCAGGAAGUUCUUUACAAAGAAUAUGGGAAGCACCCAAAUGAAGCAUUGUUCUAUUCUCAUUGCUUACCUUUGCCAGUCUUUUUGCUGCUAGUUGGAGAUAUUUACAGACAUAUCAUAUUGUAUAAUGCAUCAGAUUACUUAGUGUUCCAAGGCAUCACCAUAAACAUCCCGAGGCUUUGGUUCUACAUUAUUGGUAAUUGUGUGACCCAAUUCAUAUGUAUUCGAAGUGUGUUUGUGCUAACAACAGAGUUUACAUCUCUUUCUGUAACCUUGGUUGUGACUCUACGGAAGUUUAUCAGUAUUAUGGUGUCUGUGUUUUUCUUCAAAAAUUCUUUCACAAUAUACCAUUGGAUCGCUACUGCCCUGGUCUUCAGUGGUACAUUUAUGUUUUUGGACCUUCAUAAUCGCUUGUUGCAAAUUUGGACAUCAGAGACGAAAGAUGAGAAGAAAACUCAAUAGAUGGUUCUUCGUUGGUGGAAAAU